CCGGCACUGUAUUUUAUUCUCUUCUCUCUCGUCGUCAUUUCUCCUCUCUCCUCUCUCGUCGUCAUUUCUCCUCUCCUCUCUCUCCCAAGUUGAAAUGGCGGUACAAGUCUGUUGAUUACACACACAUUUACACAAAUUCGCUAAAACUCUCUUUCUCUCCUAAUGCGUAAACAUUUCAAUAUACACACCGAUCUCAUCAACUUACUAGAAUCAAUUUGAGCAAUCCAAACCCACAGCAAUGCGUGUAAAGCAAAUGCACCCUCUCUGCUGCAUCCCGCUCGACGAUUCCCCGAUCGGAGAUCACUCGCCGGACCUCACACUCUCCGACGUGCCACGCCAUCUCUCCGACGCCAAUGCCGGAUCUGAGUCGGCCAGCUGCUUCGCUGGAGUGCUGUAUAAGUGGACUAAUUACGGUAAAGGCUGGAGAUCUCGCUGGUUCAUUCUCCGCAACGGUGUCAUCUCGUACUCGAAGCUUCGUGUCGAGAAUCGCAAUGUUUUAACUUCCGGCGAAGAUGUCAGGAUCAUAGGUGACGCUUCUUCCGGCCGCUUGUCGCGUCUUAACAGCACCUCCGGUGGAAGUAAAGUUCAGACUAAACCCCCUGGAAUUGUCCAUCUCAAGCAGAUCUCUUCAUUUAGAGAGAGUAAGUCGGACAAUAGAAGGUUCUACAUUUUUACUGCUACUAAGACCCUUCACCUGAGGACACAUUCCAGGAAGGAGAGGGUGGAUUGGAUAAAAGCUUUAUUUUCAACUAAAAGUCUUUUUUCACUGAGACCAUUAAAUGAAAAUUUCUCUCUGGUACCAAAUGACAUAUCUAUAUCCACAGCAAGGCUUAAGAAACGGUUGCUUGAGGAUGGGAUCAGUGAGACACUUGUGAAGGACUGUGAGCAGAUUAUGCUCUCAGAAUUUUCAGAGAUAGAAGGACAAGUUAAAGUUCUUUGUGAAGAGCGCUCCAAUUUGCUCGACACAUUAAGACAGUUGGAGGCGGCCAAUUUUGAAGCUGAAACCUCCGGUAUUCAGGAUGGUGAAUAUCACCUACCAAAGCAUGACUAUGGAGUAGGGCGUGAAUACAGCACAACUGAAUCCUCAGAUGAUGUUGAGAAACAAGAACUUGAUGAAGUGUCAGAUGAAGAGGAAGCAUACUUUUUUGAUAGCAAGGAAAAUUUUCUUGAAUCGACCACUAGUUCUGGCUCUAUCAGUCACACGACGAACAGUGGCAAAAAUGAAAGUCAAAUUAAUGAUACCCACAAGAUGAAAAAUAAAAAAGAUACUGGCGCCUCUAGAUAUCCUCACAUUGAGAGGAGAAAAAAGCUACCAGAUCCAGUUGAAAAGGAGAAAGGAGUUAGUCUUUGGUCUAUGAUCAAGGAUAUGGUGGGAAAGGAUCUUAGUCGUGUUUGCCUGCCUGUAUAUUUUAAUGAACCUAUUUCUUCUCUCCAAAAAUGCUUUGAGGAAUUGGAGUAUUCAUACCUUUUAGAUCGGGCGUAUGAGCAUGGGAAAGAGGGCAACAGUCUCCUUAGAAUACUGAAUGUUGCUGCUUUUGCCGUUUCGGGAUAUGCGUCAUCAGAUGGCCGGCAUUGUAAACCCUUCAAUCCUAUGUUAGGGGAAACUUAUGAAGCAGACUAUCCUGAUAAAGGACUGAGAUUUUUCUCCGAAAAGGUAAGUCAUCAUCCAACCAUCAUCGCCUGCCACUCUGAGGGUAAAGGGUGGAAAUUUUGGGGGGACAGCAACCUUAGAUCAAAAUUCUGGGGAAGAUCAAUUCAGCUUGAUCCUGAAGGAACGCUUACUUUAGAGUUCGAUGAUGGUGAGAUAUUUCAAUGGAGCAAGGUUACAACUACCAUUUAUAAUCUUAUCCUGGGGAAGUUAUAUUGUGACCACCAUGGAACAAUGCAAAUUAGUGGUAAUCGCCAGUAUUCAUGCAAACUCAAGUUCAAAGAGCAAUCUAUUCUCGAUCGAAAUCCUCGUCAGGUUAAUGGGUCUGUUGAAGAUGUUUCUGGAAAAAAAGUUGCUUCACUUUUCGGCAAGUGGGAUGACAGCAUGUAUUAUACAAAAGGAGACGGGAGUAUCAAGACGAAAGAUUUUUCUGAUGCAUCUUUGCUAUGGAAGAGGAAUGAAACACCUCCUAAUCUUACUCGGUACAACUUGACGCCAUUCGCGAUUACACUAAAUGAGUUAACACCCGGACUACAGGAGAUGCUUCCCUGUACGGAUUCAAGACUGAGACCAGAUCAACGACAUCUGGAGAAUGGUGAGUAUGACAAGGCAAAUGAAGAGAAGCUAAGGUUGGAAACACGACAGAGGAUGUCAAGAAAAAUACAAGAAAAUGGCUGGAAACCCAGGUGGUUCAGAAGAGAAAGUGAGGAUUCCUCCUUUCACUAUGCUGGUGGUUACUGGGAAGCACGGGAGAUGGGUAAAUGGAAUGAAUGCCCAGAUAUAUUCGGCAAGUUCAGCGAUGCUGCGGUUAGUUCGAAUAAGGUGUCCUGAUUUCGAAGAGCUGAUGCAGUACAGAAAACCCUUUAGUACAAAUUAAGUGGUAGCUCUGCAUAUUCAACCCCAAUCAUCAUGUUGUUUCAUUGGUGUAUAAUGGCCUGAGGCGGACAAAGGUAGAUUCAAAUGAGAUUUUACAUCAGUAUCAAGAUUUUCGUGUCAUAGUUUUCUGUUGUGAUAUAUUUAGGGUAUUGACAAUCUUUUCGCCUAUUGAUUUGUUAUAGUUCCUAACUGGACUUCAUUUUAUUAGCCUUCGGUUAAUCAUUUAUUUAGAUCAUCUGUUGUAUUUCCAUGCUAGAAGUAAUUGAAAUGUAAUACUUUGCAGAUAGAGAAAAAGAAAAGAAAAGAAAAAGUGAAGCUUUUUUUGGUUUCACCGUACUUGUAUAAUGCUACUACAAUGAUUGUAUAUAUAUAGGCUGAUCAUCUUCUAGCUUUAUGCUGGGAACUAA